AAAAAAAUACAGAUUGUUUUUUUAAAUUCUUCAUCUCUUAUAAUUAGAAAUAAAACUGAUCGACUCGAUUUUCUGAAAAAUUCUUCAUUUUAAUAUAUUUUUCAGAAGUCAAAUGAUCAGUUCUGCAUGGCUGGUGUAAUAAAAUUUUAAAAAUAAUAUUUAAUAACCAGAUUUUGUGUUUAAGAAUCCCCAUUAGACUUAUCCAUGGCAUUGCUCUCUCAUCAUUCGUCGUCAACUAUCUCGCAUCCCUAUUAUGAGGUGGAUGAAUACGAAUCAACAUCCGAGGAGUCCUCGUCAUCGACGUUGUCCUUGACAGGAGAUCAUUUAGAUUGCAGUAUUUUAACGACAAUUAAAAGAGGAGAGAGAGUUCUUUUGCCGUGUGAAGUUUGUGGGAAAUCUUUCGACCGACCUUCUCUCCUGAAACGUCAUAUGAGAACGCACACAGGAGAGAAACCGCAUGUUUGUAUGGUGUGCAACAAGGGUUUCUCAACAUCGAGCUCGCUGAAUACGCACAAACGAAUCCAUAGCGGUGAAAAACCUCAUCAAUGUCUUGUUUGUGGUAAGAAGUUUACAGCCUCCUCCAAUCUCUAUUAUCAUCGUAUGACUCAUAUCAAGGAAAAACCACACAAAUGUUCACAAUGCUCUAAAUCUUUCCCAACACCAGGAGAUCUUAAGAGUCAUAUGUACGUGCAUAAUGGGCUAUGGCCAUUUAGGUGCCAUAUUUGUAGCCGUGGUUUCAGUAAACCAACUAAUCUUAAAAACCAUAUGUUACUACACCUUGGCAGAUGUUCGAACAAGAAGAUUGUCAAAUCCAUUUCAGACUAUUGACCAACCGAUAAUGCCUCCUCAAUAAUUUAGAAAAUCUAUUGAAAAAUCUAAAUUUCGAAAAAAUUUACAAAAAAUAGAAAUUAAAAUUAAAUCUCUCUAUUUAUAUUGCUAUUUGAAAAACUCAUGUAGAGUUUGACACGCAGUACAAUUUAACAAUUACACUUUAAUCUUGUUAUUAAUUCUUCAAUUGCUCAUUACAUUCAGGUAAAAUAGUAUGUAUGUAUUGUUAUUAUGCCAUAUGAUUCAUGUUCGUUAACUUUAUACCUUAUUUAGUUCAAUUAAUUGAAUGUUAUUUUUAUAAAAUUUCUUUAUUGCUCCUCGAAGUUAAUUAAUACUGUUUACAAAGUGUUACGUUAAUUAUUGUAGCGAAUGAAUCGUUAUAAGGUAAAUCUAUAUAGGUAUGUAAGAGAAAUCACAUGAAUUUUGAGUGAAAUGUUUCUUCUUAUAAUAUAAGAGAUUCGAGAAAUAUACAUUGAGGAAUAAUCUUAAA